CGUAAAGCUAGAAACAUUUGAAGUUCAUAUAAUUUACGUUUAAGAUACUAAUUCCACUAAGUCGGUGACGAAAUAAUGACUUACUUUUUUCAUAACCGAAGAUCUGAAUUUGUAAGCUCAAUAUUAUUGUAAAAACAAGGUAAUGCUGUUUGAAACAACGGAUCAUGAUUGAGGUCGACGAAGAACUGGAAAACGCUGUCAAUUGAAUGUGGAUUGUUUGAAAACUACACCAAAAUGUUGUUUCCUUUUGUGUCACCAUUUCAAUUGUAGGCAUUGUAUUAUGGAUGUAGCAAGUAAUAGUCACCGGUGUUUGCUUGAAAAUAUAUUGCCAUGUCAAUUGAAUGAAAAUUAUUUUUCUUAGCAAAUAUAAGUGUCAUCUAUGAUAUAGUUAAUAACGUAAUCAAGUUUAUGUAUUGAUACUACUAAAAGCAUGAGCUGAGUGCUCGAAAUUUCAGGACGUGAAUAUCAGAAGCUAUCUAAGAGGCGAUUUUGUCGUACUCCCACUAAUUUGUCAAAGCAAUUAAUCUUCUGUAGUUGUAAUCAGAAACCACAUGUGUUAUACUAGUUAGAUUUCCUAGAAAUUAUAGGACCUUCAGUAAUUAGAACUAAGCCGUUGUCGGGAAACUAGAUUUUUAUGAUUUAUAGUAUGUUUAUGUGUUUACAAACUCUAAUUUUAUAUUGCCGGCGUACAAUUUUCGUAUAUGAGCCCAAUAUGUUUACAUUGAGAGAACGAUAUAUUGGUGCAUUGUUCAAUAAUUGAGAAUGAAUGUAGUUUAUGAAUAAUAGAUAUCUACAAUUUGAAUAAUAUGGACGUCAUCCGUUGUAAAGUGAUUAUCAAGUCAAACAGGAUUGUGAUUUUAAAAUAGUUCGUCUUAAGCGAAGCCACGUUUCAAAAGGUCAGAUUUAAAGCAGACUCUAAUAUUAAGUCAGGCUCAUGUUUUAAAUUUAGUGCCAAAAAUCUAGUUUCCUUUCAAGAUCCACUAUUUGGAAAUCGCCGAGCAUAGUAUAAUAGCGCACGCGUAUAAAUAAAAUGCGAAGCUAGCCAACAACACCCUUGCCAACAUUCUAAUAAAAUUGGGGUGUAUUCGUAUUAUUGAUCUCCAACAAAGACCGAUUCCCCUUAGGUACCGGCGCUCCCAGCUGUGUAGAUUUUAUAUUUUUUGAAAAAUAAUUGCAGUGACACAGUAUAUCAGUUACUUAAAAUUAUGGAUUCUUGCGCCAUGAGUACGUCUGGUCUCUUAGAAUGGGAGUUUUCUUUGCCGGCUGAUCAAAUAAUUUCCCAUGGAUGGUACCACGGAGCGUUGAGCCGGACCGCUGCCGAGAGCUUGUUGCAGAAAGACAGGGAGUUCCUGGUGAGGGAUUCGUCAUCGCAACCGGAUAACUAUGUGCUGAGCUGCCGUUCUAAUGGACAGCAUUUACAUUUCGUCAUACAACGAAUCGUUGUUCACCCAGAAACUGUUUACGAGAGAUACCAAUACCAAUUCGAAGAUGAAGCUUAUGAUACUGUUGCCGAUCUCAUUACUUCAUACGUUGGUUCAGGGAAACCCAUAUCUGCCGCUUCUGGCGCCAGAAUACAGUAUCCAGCCAACCGAAUGAUGCCGCUGACUAAUUAUAUACAAGGCGACGACAUUAAUUCCGUAAUUUCACCGGUAGGCGACGGAGCGCUUUACGGUAACUCUUAUAGUCUGUACAGUCAUUUCGCUGCGAAACCUGGAAUGCAAUUGCGAGUGCCUUUUAAGAAACAACGUUCACAUUCUCUGACUCCUAUAGAUAUAGGACAGCACGUCGCUCAAGGCAAAAGCGCUAGCGCCGAUGGCGUCAUACUAAACCAAACAAAUAAACACACCAAGACACUCUCCGGUGAUUCCAACUCUAGCUCCGGUACAUGGGAUACCAACUUGCCUACAAGUCCACCAGCCAAGCCCGCUAGAUAUGACGGUCCAAAGGCUGAUGAUCGAAGACUCGAACUCCAACGAAUCUACCAAGUAUCGGGGUCCGAUUCAGGAAACGGAUCCGGAGACUCUACUCAAAGUUCUGCUCAUGGAGAUCCAAAUAAAUCAAGAAUCGAUUCAGAUUACAACUUGAUUACACCCACCAAUAAACAGCAAUUCGACUAUGAUCUUACUGAAGCAAAACUACUUCAAUCGGACAACUUGGACUAUGUUGUGGAAUCAAGGAUAAAUUUGGGAAGUUUUCAAUCCAUGAUAAUACCUACGGGUCUUACGAAGCCACUAGAAUCUGAAACUUUGCACGCAAUCAAACUACUCUUGAGAACAUCCGGACCCCGCAUCCUAGCAAUUCAUUUGACGAAAGUCGAUUUGUACUUUUUAUUCGAUGAUGCUAUUCAAAUUGAGGGGUUAGAUAAAACUGCGUCUGGUUUGGAACUAUGUUUUUUACCGCAAGGACGACCAUUGCGAAUGGACGUGAUUGAAAGAAUUGAGACCUUUCGACUCCUCAUUGCUGUAACUGUAUUGACAUGUCAAACAGAUCGGCAGCGCGCAGACACACUAAAUGAUUGGAUCGUACUGGCUAUUGAAACGAAAACUGCUUUAGGCAAUCUGUAUGGAUUUUCAGCUAUAAUGUUCGGACUGUGUAUGCCUCAGGUGGAAUGUUUAGAGAACGCUUGGAAUAUUCUGAGAAGAAUUUACACUGAUAACGCAUUUAUGUUUGAAGCCAAGCUACGACCUAGUUUCAAAAGUAUGAACGAGGGGACUAAUCCUUUACCUCCGAAUACGACUACCCCAUACAUACUCCCUCCAGUUCUAUGCUUCCAUUUGUUUGAUGGCGAUGGCGGUUCGUUGAUUCAACAGGACGACACGUUUCCAGGAAGUUUGAUGAACAGUAUUGAAUUCGAUUUCAAUGCGACUGCCGCGCAUCUCGAAGCCGCCCGACAAUUUCCUAGUCAAAUAGAUAUGUUCAAACGGAACUCUAGGACUGUCGUACAAGAAAUGUCUUCUUUGGGACCCACUUUAGAUCCUAGAUUAUUGGAACUUUUCCGGACCGAGUUUCAUAUUAAUUUUUUAUGGGGUGAAAGAGGAGCUCUCACAACUCCGAAUCAAAGAUUCGCGAGGCUCACCGACAUCCUGACUGCGAUGGCCAACAAGCUGGCCAGCCAACCAUCUGGAGUUGAUGAUAUUGUGUAAUUUUGGAUAUAACGUUUUGCAACACUACGACUUCCUCUGUAAGAUUGUGACCAUAUCAACGAUAUUCAUUUAAGUGCGACAUUAUAUUUGACGAAUCUUUUUUUUUUGUUUAGCUGGUGCAGCUAUAGCUGUUGUGGAAUUUAGCGAAGCCGAAAAAAAUCUUUUUAUACAUGUUUAAGCUAUAAUACAUUUUAUAAAAUAAUGUGAAGGAAUUGUAACUUUAAACAAAUAACUGCCAAUGUAACAUUUAAAGUGCAAAUUUUAGGCAAGCUAGAUGUCAUGUAAUAUUUAAAACUAGUUUAUAAACUGUAUGUUAAACAAGUAGCUGUAAUUUUAGUUUCAACUUUAGCUAAUACGUAUUUAUCUUUGUUAUACAUUUAUAAAAUUAUCGUAAUAAAUGCAAUAUUAUUGUA